CUCUCCCUGCUGACGCAGACAGAGACCGGCGCUCGGUGAUGCAGCUCCUCGACCCCGCAUAAUGGAUGCUCUUUCUGAAGCAAAUGACACCUUUGCCAUCCAGCUUUUAAAGAUACUAUGUCAAGACAACCCUUCACACAAUGUGUUUUAUUCUCCUGUGAGCAUCUCCUCUGCCCUCGCCAUGGUCUUUCUGGGGGCAAAAGGAAACACUGCUGCCCAGAUGGCCCAGGUGCUUUCAUUAAGCACAGAGAAAGACAUUCACCAGAAUUUCCAGUCACUUCUUGCUGAAGUGAACAAAUGUGGCAGCCAGUACUUGCUCAGAAUAGCCAACAGGCUCUUUGGAGAAAAGACUUGUGAAUUCCUCUCGACCUUUAAGGAAUCCUGUCUUCGGUUCUACCAUGCCGAGCUGGAGCAGCUUCCCUUUGCCAGUGCUGCAGAACAGUCCAGGAAACACAUCAACACUUGGGUCUCCAAAAAGACUGAAGGUAAAAUUCGAGAGGUGCUGCCAGGUAACUCAGUCAGUGCAAACACCAGGCUGGUUCUUGUCAGUGCCAUCUACUUCAAAGGAAGGUGGGAUGAACAGUUCAACAAAAGCUACACAAGGGAAAUGCCUUUUAAAAUAAACCAGAAGGAACAAAGGCCAGUGCAGAUGAUGUUUCAGGAGGCUAUGUUCAAGCUCGCCUAUAUUAAAGAGGUGCAGACCCAGGUCCUGGAGCUCCCCUACAUGGGUAAGGAGUUGAGCAUGAUCGUUCUGCUCCCAGACGAGAACGUGGAUCUAAGCUCGGUGGAAAAAAGUCUCACUUUGGAGAAAUUCAGAGCGUGGACCCAGCCAGACCGGAUGCAGAGCACGGAGGUGGAAGUUUCCCUUCCGAGAUUUCAGCUGGAAGAGGAUUAUGACAUGGCAUCUGUGCUCCGGGGAUUGGGAAUGGUUGAUGCCUUUCAGGAGGGCGCGGCUGACUUCUCAGCCAUGUCAGGAGAGAAAGAUCUGUUUCUGUCCCAGUUCCUACACAAGAGUUUUGUGGAGGUGAAUGAGGAAGGCUCGGAGGCCGCGGCCGCAUCAGCCAUCGUGGCUGUGGAAUGUUGUAUGGACCCUGGCCCCACGUUCUGCGCCGACCACCCCUUCCUUUUCUUCAUUAGGCACAACACAGCCAACACUAUUCUGUUCUGUGGCAGGUUUUCCUCUCCGUAAGGGUGAGCAUUUCCCUCUUUCUGUGUCCUCCUGUCCUGCGCCACAGCCCCGGGAAGAUGGGCCCGUGAAGCCCAGUGCAAAGGGGAGGGCAGAUUCCUCCUGCAUCUCCGUCCCAUGCUUGUCCACACCCAGCCGUCCCCAUCCUGACCACUCGUCGGCCCUACUUAGUCAAGAUCAUGGGACAAGAGACCUUAAUGAUCCCCUGUAGUAUUUAAAGUACACUCCGAAUCCCAUAGGAUCGAAUGUCAGGUUUCCCUAGAUGGCCCCAGACUUAUUCCCCCCUCAUUCCAUGUGUAAUUCAUUCUAGUGACACUGUUCUGCCUUGUACCUCAAAUCCUGUUGGCAGACUUGCCUUAGCCUGUUUCAGUGGUAAUAAAUGCUGCUAGCUAGAACUACUGUUUUAUAGUCUGCCUGAUGCCUGGGCUUUUUAGAAAGCUGCUUUAAUGCACAUUUUAUCUUCGGUUGACGUUCCAUGUAUCACCAAGCAGGUGGCAAAAAGGACCUCAGGCAUUGGAGACAAAGGGGUGGAGUCAUGAUGUCUUUGACACCUGGUCUUUCCUACCAGAGUAGCCAGAGUAGCUUCUAUGACAGCCAGCUUGGACAAGGUGAUGUCCUUAAACUUAUCCUGUGAUCCCCUUGAAGGGAUUCCCUUGAAGAGAUCCCCUUGCCUGCUCGACUUUUGUUUUCUCCACCUCCAGCCCUAACAAAAAUCCUGCGCAACUCUUAAAGUUCAUUUCUGAUGGCAUCUUCCCCAGGAAUAUUUUCCUUUUCUGCAUAAGCAGAUGUGCAUCUUUGAACUCUCAGCGCAUACUGAGGGAGGGCAGUUCUCUUACGGCGGUUGCUUUAUUUAUUAAUCAUUUGUGUUCUCCAGCUAGAACUUAAAUUCCUCAGGGGUUGGGACUGUAUUUUACAUGUCUAUGUGCCAUGUACAAUACAGUGAUAAGUAAUUUGAUCAGAGAUGAGCUCUGUAAUUUUUGAAGAAGUGUUUAGAUAUCAGUGACAUUAUUGGCGCCUUUUUUUUUUUUUAAAGAUUUUAUUCAUUUGAA